AAGGAUGACGAAAAGAAGGACGACAAACCUGCUUCAGGAUUUUCGUUUGGUGCUAAAAAAGAUGAAGAUAAAAAGGAUGAUAAAUCUUCUUCAGGAUUCUCGUUUGGUGCGAAGAAAGACGAAGAAAAGAAGGAUGAUAAGCCAGCUUCAGGAUUUUCGUUUGGUGCUAAAAAGGAUGAAGAGAAAAAGGACGAUAAGUCACUCGCUACCACUACAACCUCAACUACUAAACAAGAACCAAACUUAAAGCCUACUAAGAUUGAACCACAAGCAGUAUCUAUCGAUAAUAAGACCAUGGAUGAUUUAAUAAUUAAAUGGUCUAAACAACUUUCCACAACAUCAAAUAUUUUUGAAUCAUAUACCUCUAAAGUAAAGCAAUGGGAUCAGCAUUUAGUUAAGAGUGGGGAUGAAAUAUCCAAGUUGCAUCAGGACACUUUGGAAGCUGAAUCUUUACAAAAUAAAAUCGACCAGCAUUUGCUAUUUGUUGAAAACCAGCAAGAUGAAUUGGAUCAAAUAUUAGACAAUUACGAAGCACAAGCUGAUAUUUUGUUGAAUAAUAUUGAGUUAAACAAUGCAACUAACGAUAGCUUUAACAGCGGCUUAUCGAAUUUCUCAAAUGGCGGUUCCAAUGGUGGCUUAAGUGUUACCGAUAAAUUGCGUGAAAAGGCGUAUCAUAAUGCAGAAUUAUUAGACGAAAGAUUGGAUAACAUGGGUGAUAACUUGACAACCUUAAUCAAUGAAAUUAACUCAGUGAGUGAUGUUUUCAACAAAAACCUAUUGAAUGACAUAUCGAAUAUGAGCGAUCCGAAUAAUGAAACCAAGCAAUUUAAGCAAUCUCAAGAAAACCCUGUUGAGGAGAUAGUCAAAUUAUUGAAUUUGCAUUUAGAAAAUUUGAAGUAUAUUGAAAAAUCUGAAGCUACAUUAAAAGAAGAAUUAUCUAAGAUUAAUCGUACUAAGAAGAUCCAAUUCUAA